UUCCGAUGUCCGCCAUCUUGGUUCGCAUACUUCGGGAGCACCCAAAAUUCUCUAUUCGAUUGCUCAUAGAGUUAUCAUUCGAUUCGUCUUCUCAGGCAGUGUUCAGAAUGAUUGGCUUGUAUCAGGUUUUUAAUAAUGAACUUGUUUGUAAUAGGCGUGUUCUGUUUAUAAAUAUUGUUGAAAAGUUUUAAAAAAAUGAUAUAUAUAAUAUAUAUAGCCCGUAGAGACGAAUUCAGUAGUUGCAAUAGAAUCUUCAGUUACUCUCAUCAUGUUUGUGUAAAUUUCAAAUGAUUUGGAAUUGUCAUAAAAUAGUGUUAAUAGGAUUUUUGUGAAACUGUUGAUUAAUUGAUUUAUAUUAGGCGCUGGGUGUUAUUAAAAUGCUUCUACUCGUUAUGAGGACGUAUUCUAUAACAAAAGAUAUAAUCCCAGGAUUUGUUAGUAAAUUGAUAAUAUUUACGGAGCAUAUAUUCAGUUCUUUGCAAUAAUUAAAUAAAAAUGAUCUUAGGACGACAUAGCGGGGACAAUGUAAUAUUAAUUGUUCUACGGUUUCGUUUUCCAAGCAAGGGUCGCAAAGUCCAUUGUCGUGGAAUUUUAUGAAGAUGAUAGUUCAAACGACAGGGGCCUGUUUGUAGUUUGAAAAAGAUUAUUCCAUAUCUUCUGGAUAAGUCGCAAGAAAUAUGAUCUUAACCAGAUAGGAAGAAUAUACUGAAAUGUUGAGCUUUUUCUAGUUAUUCCAAGUCGCACUUUGCAUUAAUAAUUAACUUUGCUUCGUUUUUCGAGACUUUGAUGACUGAUAUUACACUAUUUUCUCGCAUUUUUGCUUCUUUUGCUAGUUUAUCUUUAUUAUACGAAGCACAGUUCAUCACAGUAAAUUUGUUGCCUGUGACACUAAAUGCAUUAAACACACACAUAUAUAUAUAACCUUUGGGAAGUACGACAAUGAGAGAUUCCAAUAACUUGAGCUACAGUCACAACAGAAAUUGAUAUUACACAGCCUGCGGGGUUAUGGCAUCGAAGUGAUAUUUGUCAAUAACAACUUUCAAAUCAUUUCGGGUAGUGGCGUUUGUAGGGAUAUAAUUCAGAUUAUCUUUUCGUGCAGAACGUUCAGAAUGAUUGGUUUUCUCUUGGUUUGGAUUACGAGCUUGUUUGUGAUAUUCGAAUUUAUUUAAUAUAUUUUUAAAAUAAGUCUUACAGAAUGACACAGCGUGAUGUCCAAUUAUUAUAAAUAGAGCUGACGACUUCAGUACUUUAAAUCGAAUCGUGACUUAUUUAAUUCAUAUUUGUGUGAUUUUAGAAUGUGCUGAUUAAAUUUAUCAUAAAAUGCUGUUACGGAAUCUCGGAAAAAAUGAUAUUGGCGAUACCCUGUUAAAAAUUAUUACCCGCGAACAAUUACUAUGGAGCUAGAUUGGCGACCCUAGGAGCUAGAUUUAAUGCUGGAGAUAUUAUAAUUACAUUGGGCGUUGGGUGCCUAUCCCAUGCGCAAAUAUAAGAAAUAAAGACAGCAAGCGUCUAUAAUCUAUAGAUAUUUUACUUGGUACACAGCAUUUAGCCAAAACUGCAAUAUGAACGGAACAGUCAUUUUUUGUUUGGUCGCUGUUUUAUGCACCCAUGUACAUGUCGCAUUGACACACGAGCAAUAUGCUUCGAUAUUAGCAGAACAGUUGAAUACCUACUGUGAUUCACGCGAUCAGGGAUCAAUUGCAGUAUCAACAGGAGCAAAAACUACUCGAAUCGGAAAGGCUGGGCCAAAAGGCCCCCGAGGGCCUACUGGCAAACCCGGUUCCGUGAACUACACAGUAGUUAAUGAAUUGGUCGAAACCAAAUUACAAGAGCUAAGCGUUGGAAAGAGAUUGACCAAUUUGAACGAAAGAAUCACAGAAAUAGAAAAAGAUCUACAGAGGCUAAAGCACGUAGAUUGUGCCAGAGUCACAUCAGACUUUGCAAAGUCUCAUUCUGAACUUGGAGGAGUUUUCGAUAUUUAUAUCGGAUUACUGGGAACUAAAAUGGAAGUAUUUUGCGAUCUAACAACAGAUGGAGGCGGUUGGACUGUGUUUCAAAGACGCAUAAACGGAUCCGCAGACUUUUAUAGAAACUGGGAUGAAUAUGUUUCCGGAUUCGGCAAUUUAGCUGGAGAAUUUUGGAUGGGACUGGAGAAGUUACAUCGUUUGACAUCUCGUACCAGCUAUGAAUUGAGAAUAGAGUUCGAAGAUUGGGAAGGAAACAAACCAUAUGCUAAAUACGAGUCAUUUUCGGUUGGAGACUCCGGCAGCAAGUAUACCCUUACGGUAGCUGACUAUUCCGGAACAGCAGGUGACUCUCUCCAAUACCACAGCGGUUCAAAAUUUUCUACAUUUGAUCAAGACAAUCCCUCCAGUUGUGCAACUGUUUACAAAGGGGCGUGGUGGCACAAGGACUGUUAUUAUGCAAACUUGAAUGGCGUGUAUAUGAAUCAGGGUAGCUACACGGCGGACAAAGCGAUUGGCGUGGAAUGGUGGCAUUAUAAAAAUGCACAUUGGUAUUCCAUGAAAUUUGUCGAGAUGAAAAUACGACCGAAAUUUUGAAAAAGAUUAUUGAAUUAUGUAUAAUAAAAUACCCUUUCCGCCUAUUAGUACUCUAUGGUGGCCCAUCGUUGUCACGCGUAAAAUUGAAAUUAAAAAAUAAAAUAAAAAACCGAAAAUAAAAAAAUAG